AAAAAUGUUAAAAAGUGCAGUGGGAUAUGUUGAUAGCCAACAGCAAGCUCAAAUGCUAUGCCUGCAUCACGUCUCCGGAUGGAUAAAUUGGUAAAAACCACCACAUUGAGGAAAGCACCUUGUAUGAAAUGUGCAAGGCAGCAGGGGAGGUCACCCCGUCAGGAAGCACCAAAUGUUGAGUGGAGCGUUGAGAGGAUGAGGAGGAUGACACAUUCUGCUCAGGUCGACUCUCCUUCAAGGUGAAUGUCAAACUGCUGUUAUUAGAAGCUGUGCUUGACCACAGCAAGUGAGUUUGUGAGGGUUUGUGGGUGACAGGAAAGGGGGGAAAAGAGGAAUAAAGGACAGGGAGCGUGACACAAGAAUGCAAACUGGGAUUACAGUUUCUUUAUGUGAAUGCCAGCAGGACGAAAGGGAGCGGAACAUAAAAUCCAAGCUCGAGGAGGUGUGAUCGGGGUUUGGAGGUGAGGAUCUGUGCGUAUUUGGCGCGUCUGAGGCGGAGGAGAGGCUGCGGGAAACUUGCUUCAUCUGUGCGCCGCUCCGACCUGGAACAUCUCCUCUCCUCUCAUUCUCCAUUGAAGAGGCAUCUGGAAGUGGUGAGAUGUGAAGAAGCUUAAAGCAUGGCAUGCAAAGAUGCUUUCUGCCAACGAGAAGGAGAUGGUGACAGCGAUGCGGCUCCUUUCCAUUCUGGCUUUUGUCUACUUUUUCUCUUUGGCGACUUGUGUAAAAAACACCACAGCACAUACACGGAAGGAUGAAAGGAUCUAUCCGGAGAAUUUUACUCGGAUUUUAGACAGACUACUUGACGGUUACGACAAUAGGCUGAGACCUGGAUUUGGAGGUCCUGUGACUGAGGUCAAGACCGACAUUUAUGUGACAAGUUUUGGGCCUGUCUCCGAUGUUGAAAUGGAAUAUACGAUGGACGUGUUCUUUCGGCAGACGUGGGUGGACCGAAGGUUGAUGUACGAGGGUCCCAUUGAGAUUUUAAGGCUGAACAACUUGAUGGUGACCAAAGUUUGGACACCAGACACUUUCUUCAGGAACGGAAAGAAGUCAGUGGCCCACAACAUGACGGCACCCAAUAAACUGUUCCGCAUCAUGAAGAACGGCACCAUUCUCUACACCAUGAGAUUGACAAUUAGUGCAGAAUGUCCCAUGAAGCUUGUGGACUUCCCCAUGGACGGACAUGCGUGCCCCCUCAAGUUCGGAAGCUACGCAUAUCCCAAAACCGAGAUGAUCUAUACUUGGACUAAAGGGCCUGAGCACUCUGUGGAAGUCCCUCCUGAGUCUUCCAGCCUGGUUCAGUAUGAUCUCAUCGGCCAGACGGUCUCCAGUGAAACCGUUAAAUCCAUCACAGGUGAAUAUGUGGUCAUGACCGUCUACUUCCACUUGAAAAGGAAAAUGGGCUACUUCAUGAUUCAGACAUAUAUCCCCUGCAUAAUGACAGUAAUCCUGUCCCAAGUGUCCUUCUGGAUAAAUAAAGAGUCAGUCCCGGCACGCACAGUUUUCGGCAUCACCACCGUGCUGACCAUGACAACACUCAGCAUCAGCGCUCGCCACUCCCUCCCCAAGGUGUCGUACGCCACUGCCAUGGAUUGGUUCAUCGCGGUCUGCUUCGCCUUUGUCUUCUCUGCCCUCAUCGAGUUUGCUGCCGUCAACUACUUCACCAACGUGCAGAUCGAGCGGGCCAAAAAGAAGCCGGCCAAAUGCCCCCCGGUGCCCCAAACCACGCCAGUCAAGGUCAAGGAUACAGAGGAAGUGCUGCAGCGAGCGUCUUAAUAAGAUGUCCUCUGACGUUGUGCAAGCUCAACACCACGAAAGGACGGCAGCCACGAAUUCCCACAGGUACUUUUUUAUUAUCAUGGAGGUAGCUUACUAGCUCCGUCUUACCGUCAAACCACACAGCCGUCCAGAGCCCCAAGACAAAACACUUUAGUUGAGACAAAAUGUUGAAAUAAAUAUGGAUUUUUUAAAAUAACUUCUAUUGCAUAUUGCAGUAUUUGUCUUAUUUUACGCAGUUUUUUAUUUGUGAAAUGCAUCCAGUGGCAUCACAGUAAAAGAAGCAUCAUGUGUUCAUUCAUUACACAAGCUGUCAUCUGACAUUGGUUUGCGGGAAGAGCUGAUGCCAAUAUCAGUAUAAAUCAUACGGAUGAUAUUGAUGCUGAUAUUGUGUCGGUAAUGAAGUGCUGGGCAAUAUUGGUAUACAGUCGUCCCUCGUUUAUUACAGCUAAUUGGUUCCAGUUAAUUGGGGGCGACAUGGCUCAGGUGGCAGAGUGGUUCGAUCCUCCGUCCUCCCAUGAUCAUGUCAUCCUUUGGGCAAGAUACUGAAGCCCCAGUUGCUCCCGAUGCUGUAGGUAAAUGUGCUAGCAGUGUCAAAGUGCUUUGAGUGCCUUGGAGGUGGAAAAGCGCUAUACAAGUGAAAGACCAUUUACCCGACCACAAAUUUCCGCAAAGAACAGUAGGAUUCCUUAUUAAUAAAUGGAAUAUUUUCAUAGUAAGACCAUAGAAAAGCUGUUUAAGACCUUCUAAAUGUGGGUUUUUAUCAUUAUUAGAGUCCUCUAAACAUGAAAUAACACUCACUUUUAUACUUGUAUUACCCAGUAUUGUUGACAUAAUAAAAAAUAACACGUCUUAGACAUAAAUAAGAUAUUACAUAGACUCAAACAUUAGCAUUGACAGUGUACUUUGUGGCUAUUGUGUUAAUGUAAUGUUCCUGACACCUAGUGGCCAGUGUAGUACAGUAGAAUACUACUCUAAAGGCGCAGAGAGCACAUAUGCAGUGAACAUUCACACAUGAGCUGCUUUCCACCACAACUCACGCCAGUCACUGGCACUCUCCACACUGCUAACCAUGCUAACACUUAGCAACUCUACAGUGGCUAGCUAAGGAAAAGUUCUGAUACUUUGUUGUAAAAGUCUGAUCACCUCCUGGUGAGUUAGGGUAUAUACUGUAAUCCUCCACGCUGGCAGUCAAAUUCAUUCAUUCAUUCAGCAGAUCAUGAAAAUAUAUUAAAUGCAUUAGAUUUUCUACUAGCCAGUGAAAGAAAAAAAAACAACUCUGGCUUUUCCUCUUUGAAAUGACGUCAGCGACAAGAAGCACCUUCCAGCUCACGCAUGCCCCCACCCCUUCAGGGUGCAGCGGUACUGCAAGUGCCUCCCAUAUUUCUAUGUACGGUCAUUCUUCGUUGCAUUGUGAUUCAAACAUAGCUCCGUCACUCUUGCAUUUUUUCAAAAAUUUAUUAAUUCAUAAAUGAUUGCUGUUUUGUAGUUGAAUAUGGUCAAUUAUUCGUCAAAAAAUAUUAAAAGGCGUCAAGACGUCAGUCAUGACACAAAACAUUGAUGAGACAUGACAUUACAUUAUAUUACGUUAACACUGCACGUAGUCAGCCAUGGCAUGUCCGACAUGAUAGAGUGUAAAAAAGUUCUCCUCCCAUUCCGUGUGGAAGUGGUAUGUUUUUGGCUUCUUACUUUGCCCUUCUGCCCUACUCCGCUUCGGGUCUCGAACCAAUUAACCGCGAUAAACAAGGGACGACUGCACUGUAUGUCAUUUUGUGUUGUUAGAUACAAGUUUACCAAUUGUUUUGUAAAUUGUACCAAAUGUUUACCAAUAAUUUUAUUUGAUUUCACAGCAAAACCCAGACAGCAACGGCAACCUGAGAAAGCGUGUGAAUUACAUUUCCCACUACGAAUCGACCAAUCACCAGCGAGCCCAGUCCACGACCAGCAUUUCCAGUGUGGGAAGAGCCAGACCGCUGCGACCUUUAAACAGUGGAGCCAACGG